AUGAGGAAUGUCUUCCCACUAGCAGCAAUAGCCGGCAGCGGCAGGAAGAGGAAGAGGAGGAGGUGGAGGUGGAGGAGACCCGGCGGCACUGAAAUGGGGAGAAAGAGCAUGGAAACGGAGCUGACAGAGGCAAAACGGAGGGCUCACCCCAGGCCACUGGGGCUGCGCAGGGCGCGCGCCCCGGCCCGCGGGAACGGCGCCGACCCCGCGCUGUGGGGGCGUCCCGGGGCCGCCCGCGGGACGGGACGGGGCCACCGCGGGACGGGACCGGGCCGCACCAGCAGCGCCGCCACCCAGCCUGGGCUCGCGUCUUCCCUCCACCCCGCGGAGGGGCAGAUAUCAGGGGCUGCUCCAAAGUACCUCUGCACCUACUAUGACAUUGUUGACUACCUGAACAUCUCCUCUCAUGACAAGCUGCACACAUACAUUCUGCCCAAGAAAGGCUUGAAGGAGCCUGUGGAAGUGACGAUGGAUUUUUUUCUGGUGGCAAUUCUCUCUGUGGUGGAAAAGCUCCAGACAGUCAGUUUUUACUUCGUCCUGAACAUGGAAUGGCAGAACCCUUUUGCAACCUGGAACCCACGGGAUUUCUGUAACAUCUCUGAAAUUGUCCUGCCCAUGGAUACGUAUUGGUCGCCCCCCAUCUUCUUCUUAGAGCGAGUGAACGGGCAAAAUCCAGAGCUGAAUUACGUGGUCCUCAUGCACAACGGCAGCUUCAACUCCACCCGGCCCUACCAGGUCACCCUGACGUGCAGUUUGAUAAUCCUCAAGUUCCCCUUCGACACCCAGAUGUGCAACUUGAGCGUAGCUUCAUUCCUCUACCCAGUAACAGACUUUGUCAUGAAGACGAGACGGACACCAGCUGAGAUCAUGAAAGACAGCAAGAGCUUAAUCCUAACUGAUGGAGAAUGGAAGUUUACCAACCUGAGCAUCAUGGAAUUCACAGCAAUGAUGGAUGACAAAGGAUUUUCUGUGGUCACCUAUGUGAUUUCCAUGGAGAGACGACCCACUCUCUACAUUCUGAACUUGAUCCUCCCAACGUGUGCCCUGUACUUGCUGGAUAUGGCUGUGUUGUUUGGUCCCAGCUCUCUCGAGGAGAAAAUCAACUUCCAGAUUGCCAUCAUCCUUGGCAGCUCCAUGCUAGCUGUGAUUCUCAACAACAGCCUCCCAACUUCCUCCAACAAGCCACCCAUAAUAGUGGUGUUUUUCCUGGGCACCUUCCUGCUCAUGAUCAUGGCUGUGUUAGAUACCUUCUUCCUGUUGUACCAGCAGCGCAAAUCCCUGCGCUUGGACAAGGUCCUCAGAAGCUUCCAGCAAGACCCACAGGAGCUGCCCAAGAGACCCACGGGCAAUCUGGCCAAGGGGGGUACCCAGCUGCUGCACCCUCCCAAGAAGGCCCAGGGAGAAGGGCAGCCUACCAAGCGCCUCUGGCAGCUGCAGGAGCUGGACCCGUUUCUUCCAGUUCUGGAGAAGGUGCUUCUCUUCAGCCACCUCUUCCUGUCCCUGUUCUUUUUUACUGUGAUUUCUAUAAAAUGGAGCAGUUGAACAUCUACUCUGCCCAGUGCCAGCUCAGUUGUUCUCUACUAUGUUGCUUCUGACUCCCUGCUGUAAUUUUCUCCUGGUCAAUUCAUAGAGCUGCAGUUCAGUUUCCUGAAUAAAAUAAAAUUAAAUUAAAAUCCAAAGCCACAGGACCCAACAUCUGCAUGCAUAGUGCUUUGUACUCUGGUUCAGUAGA